AUAGAAUUUUUGUAUAUAUUUAAUAAAUUAGUGCAAAAUGAGUAGUAUUUAUAUACAAGAGCCUCCGACGUCAGGAAAGGUUUUGCUAAAAACAACAGUAGGUGACAUCGACGUAGAAUUAUGGGCAAAAGAGGCUCCAAAAGCAUGCAGAAACUUCAUACAACUCUGUAUGGAAGGUUAUUACGAUGGCACAAUAUUCCACAGAGUCGUUAAAGGUUUUAUUGUCCAAGGAGGAGACCCCAAUGGUGACGGCACUGGAGGCGAAUCGAUUUAUGGAGAACCUUUCAAGGAUGAGUUUCACCAGCGUCUCAGAUUUGCCAGACGUGGUCUUCUUGCAAUGGCAAAUGCAGGUAAAGAUGACAAUGGGUCCCAAUUCUUUUUCACUUUGGCAGCAACUCCAGAAUUGCAAAACAAGCAUACGAUAUUUGGUAAAGUUACUGGAGAGACUUUGUUUAAUAUGUUGAAGUUAGAAGAAUGCGAAACAGAUGAUGAUGAAAGGCCUAUGUACCCGCAAAAGAUAUUGAAGGUUGAAAUAUUGAAUAAUCCUUUUUCUGAUAUCGUGCCGAGGGUUAGUAAGGAAUUCGAGUUUAAGGAACCUGUUAAGGUUAAGGAGAAGAAGAAAGGAGUCAAAAACUUUAAAUUAUUAUCCUUUGGUGAAGAAGCUGAAGAAGAUGAAUUUGAAAGUACAAGUGCUAAUCAGAAAUAUUCUACAAAAGGUAAAUCUUCUCAUGAUAUGUUAAAAAAUGAUCCUACGCUGGAUAGUACACCUGCAGUUGAUAUUAGUGAGAAAAGCAGCAAAACUUCUAAACAAAGAAAUAAUGAAAAAGAGUAUUUAAGUGAUGACCAAAGUGAUGAGGAAGAUCGUAAUGAAGAAGAUGAAAACAAAUUGACUACAGAAUUUGUUAGAAAUAAAUUAAAAUCAAAAACAGAUAAUAAGAAGAAGUUGCCAAUGACUAGUUAUUAUCUUGGUAAAGAUAAACAAGAUGAAAGGAAACGAAAAGCAGAAGAAAUUCGUAAAGAAUACCGUGAUCUCAAAAAAGGCAUCUCGGACGAGAAAAAGGCUAGAUUAGAGGCAGAUAAAAAGAAAGAUAAGGAAGAGGAGGAAAAAUCCAAAAAGAAAAAAGUUGUCGACAGUUUUCAUGAGGAACAAGAAAAUUAUAAGAAGUUGACACAAGCUAUACCGAAAAAGGGAGCCUCCAGAGAGGAAUUUACCUUAAAUUUGUUAGCAAAGUUUCAAAAGAAAAUGACGGCUGCAAGAGAGAAAAGCUCAGAUGAACCUACAGAUGAUAAGAAAAAUGAUAAUAUUGAAGAUGACGAUGAUAAUGAUGAAUCUUGGCUGUCUCAUAAAUUACAGUUUGAGGAUAAAGGAGCAGUGUUGGCAAAGGAUGCUUCAACAAAAGGUGACGAUUGGUUUGAAAUAUAUGACCCAAGAAAUCCUUUGACCAAACGCAGGAGAGAGGAAAGUAAAAAGAUACUGAGCCAGAAAAAGAGAUAGUGAAUGGUUGAUAUUUGGGUAUAAUAAUUAUUUUUUGUAUUAUAGUAAUAAUGGAUACAUGAUUGAUACUGGAAUUCAGUAUACCCAGUACACAUUUUUAUUUGUUUUAUGCUUGUGACUUCUAAACCGUUCGUUUAAUUUGAAUGAUGCCUUUGGCAAAUUUGUUUAAAAUUGAAUGAAUAAUAAUUUUGUCUAACAUUAUUUCACUCUACAGCAACUCGGUGUGCUUAAAAACGCAUUUUAAAACAUACAACUUUGCUUUCGCCUUUAUUGUAAAGAAAUCGCAUAGUAAAAACGGCGGAAGCAAAGUUGUACACUAAAUACUCAUAAAAUGUUGCACUAAUGUAAUAUAUAUGCUUAUAAUUCUAAAACCAUUUGUUUAAUAUUAAUGAUGUAUUCGGCGAAUUUGUUCAAAAUUAAUCAAUCUACAAAAGUUUCUAACAAUAAAUGACUCUAAAGCAACUCGGUAUAUUUAAAAAACGCAAUUGAAAUAAAGUACAUGAAUAAUUUGAGUAUAAAGUAUACUAGUUUCCAUACAAAAUGAAGGUUUUCAAAGAUUUUCUACAUAGUGUUUGUAGUGAAAUCUUGCUUUGGAAUUCUGUAUACCAAGAGCAUAUCUUUAUUCUAUCGCUUGUAACUUCUAAACUAUUCGUUUAAUAUGAAUGAUGCCUUUGGCAAAUUUGUUUAAA